GAUUUCUGUCAUUCGAGUGCCAGUGUGUCGAACAUUUUUUCUUAAAGGUAAAACGAUUCAUUUUCUAUUCUAUUGUUGUUUGGAAAUUACGUAAUGAAUAUUAUUUUCAUAUAAAAACAUGUGAAAGAACACCAUCGAUGUGAAAAGAGUGCUUGAAUCAUUAAAAUAAUAAUGCAUUUCAAUCUUUUGUGCAGAGAGUUUGUGAGUUUUUUCCAGUAACAAACGUGAUUUAAAAAAAAGAAUACAAAAAACAAAAAUAUGGUUUUGGAUAGUGACGAUAAAUGUGCCGAGGCAUCAAGAAAUAAUUCGGCCAGUCCGACAACCAAUCCUUCUGGUACAGUAUCACUGCAUCCGCCUUUCAUUAUGAAUAUAUUCGAACACUGGACACGUAUUGCUACUCAAAAUGGUAGCCCACAACAUGUGAUUGGUGGAUUAAUCGGUAAUCGAAGCGGUCCUAAUGUUGAGGUUAUGAACUCAUUUGAACUUGAAUUCAAUUUUUCCGAUCAUGACAUCAUCAUCGAUAAGGAAAAAUGUCGCAACAAACAACAAGAAUAUAUAGACAAACAGCCGUCCACAGAUUCGGAGUUUCUCGGCUGGUACAGCAUCGGCAAUCAUCCAACUGAAGAAAAUAUCAAAGUGCAUAAGCAAAUAUGCGAAAUAAACAAAAGUUCAAUCAUGUUACAACUUAGCCCACAAUCAUGGAAAAUUGACCUCCCCGUGAAAUCGGAAAAUGAAAUUUCCCAUGUCAAUUUACCAUACAAAUCAUUUUUUGUUUAUGCAAUUAAUGAAAAGCUAAAUAAGUUAAACCAGUUGGAUCUACUCAUUAAGCAAAACAAAGAUUAUCACGAGGCGCUAGUAGAUAAACUCAACGAAAUGAUCCAAAAACAGAGCACUAACCAUGAAGCCUUGAUGGACAAACUCGAUGGAAUGA